AGGUGUCCAAGCUACAUAGAAACACAAAAUUUUACAUGUGUCUUAAAAUUUUUCCUCAUGGGACUCUCAGAUGAUCCAGAACUUCAGCCUUUGCUCUUUGGGCUGUUCCUGUCCAUGUACCUGGUCACCACGUUGGGGAACCUGCUCAUCAUCCUGACCAUCAGCUCUGACUCCCACCUCCACACCCCCAUGUACUUCUUCCUCUCCAACCUGUCCUUGGCUGACGUUGGUUUCACCUCCACCACAAUCCCCAAGAUGAUGGUGGACAUCCAAACUCACAGCAGAGUCAUCUCCUAUGUGGGCUGCCUGACUCAGAUGUCUAUUGUUACUCUUUUUGGAUGUUUGGACAGUCUACUCCUGACUGUGAUGGCCUAUGACCGGUUUGUGGCCAUCUGUCACCCCUUGCACUACUCAGUCAUCAUGAACCCACACCUCAGUGGCCUGCUGGUUUUGGUGUCUUUUUUCAUCAGUUUAUUGUACUCUCAUCUGCACAGUUUGAUGGUGUCACAACUUAUCUUCUUCAUGGAUGUGGAAAUCCCUCAUUUCUUCUGUGAGCCUUCUCAGUUAUUCCACCUUGCCUGUUCUGACUCCUCCACCAAUAACAUAUUAAUCUAUUUUCUUGGUGCUAUCCUUGGUGGUGUUCCACUCACAGGAAUCCUUUUCUCUUAUACUCGAAUUGUUUCCACCACUCUGAGAGUCUCAUCAACAGGUGGGAAGUACAAAGCCUUCUCCACCUGUGGCUCUCAUCUGUCAGUUGUUUGCUUAUUUUAUGGAUCAGCCCUCGGGGUGUACCUCAGUUCUGCUGUUUCAAAUUCCCCCAGGAAGAAUGCUGUGGCCUCAGUGAUGUACAACGUGGUCACCCCCAUGCUGAACCCCUUCAUCUAUAGCCUGAGGAAUAGAGACAUCAAGAGGGCCAUGCAGAAGCUCCUCAGAAGAACAGCCUAA